AUGAUGUGGGCAGGAAUAUUCUCAAGCUAUAAAGGUAGAACAUUGGUAACGUGGUGCAGAUUACUGUUAACCAGUAAUAAUCUCAUAAUUUCUAUGAAUAUCUGA